GCGCCCCCGCUUGCGCGCUCCCGCCUGCCGAUGCCUGCUAACGCUGUGAGAAUGCCCAAGGACGGCGGCGUCCCCGUGUAGGAGGAGCCGCGUUUCCGCUCCAGCAGGCCGACUGUAAUCCACCGCACUGACGAUCCCCGCCGCCGAGCACCGGGCUGCCAGAGCAGGAAACUGUUUAACUACGGUCUAGUUCUGUCCCCGGGGAGCCCGGGGGUCUGCCGUCUCGGAGAGGAGCCGUGGCCGCGGAAGAGUCUCGAUGGAGGGCGAGUUCGUGGAGAUCGACGGCAGCGGCAGCUGGAGCGCCGUGUACCAGGAUAUUCGCCAACAGUCGUGUGAACUCCCUUGCAAGGUUGCCAAAUUACCCGAAAACAAGACACGGAACCGUUACAGAGAUGUCAGCCCGUUUGACCACAGCAGAAUUUGCCUGCAGCUGGGUACGAAUGAUUACAUAAAUGCCAGCCUUAUAACAGUAGAGGAGACGCAGAGGAACUAUAUUCUUACUCAGGGACCCCUUCCAAGUACAUGUGGCCAUUUCUGGGAGAUGGUGUGGGAGCAGAACACCCGCGGCGUGGUGAUGCUGAAUCGAGUCAUAGAGAAAGGAUCUAUCAAAUGUGCGCAGUAUUGGCCACAGAGAGAAGAGAGAGACGCCAUCUUUGAAGAUAGCAAUUUCAAGCUUAACCUCGUCUCAGAGGAUAUCAAAUCUUACUACACAGUCCGUCAGCUGGAGUUGGAAAAUCUGUCUACUCAGGAGACGCGUGAGAUUUUACAUUUCCACUAUACCACUUGGCCUGAUUUCGGGGUACCGGAGUCUCCUGCAUCCUUCCUUAACUUCCUGUUCAAGGUGCGGGAGUCAGGUUGUCUGAAUUCCGACCAGGGACCAGUGGUCGUCCACUGCAGUGCCGGCAUUGGACGCUCGGGAACCUUCUGUCUCGUGGACACCUGUCUCUUGUUGAUGUCCCUUCGUAAGGACCCGUCUUCAGUGCGCAUCCGGGAUGUGCUGUUAGAGAUGCGCCGCCAUCGAAUGGGCUUGAUACAGACGGCAGAUCAGCUUCGCUUCUCCUACCUGGCUGUAAUUGAAGGUGCCAAGUACAUCAAGGGAGACACAUCUCUGCAGGAGUCCUGGAAAGAACUGUCAAAUGAAGACGAUGAUCCUCCAGAGUUCAGCCCACCUCCUCCUCUCCCUCCUCCCAGAGACCUUUACUGUGGAAAGGUUGAGCCAUCCUCUUCCCCUGAACAUGUUGAGAUGAUCCAGCCCAUGGAGAUCUGCAGUCUUGGGUUCUCACCAAACGUGGAGCUGCGGAAGAGGAACAUCGGCGUCCCCCAGCCUCCUCCCGAAGGGGCCGAUCAGGGGCCCGGGGCUCUGGGAAUCCAACCCCCUACCUCCAAAGCUCCCAACAGAUCCCAGCAGAAGCAGGAGACGGGGGAGCUGGAACUUCCCGCCGCGGCGGAGCAGCCAGAGGAAAGCUCGCCUUCGCCGGGGACCUGGUCCCCUCUACUAACCAAUGUGUGCCUGUGCACGGUGCUGAUGCUCAGCGCUUACGUUUGCUAUCGAGCCUAUUUCCACUGAUGUUUGUCUCGCCCCCUCUUUUUUUUUUUUUUUUUUUUUUUGCUCACUGUCUCCACAAAUGUUUCAAAGUGGACUCGGCUGGCCAGUCAGCCUGCUUCGUUUCUGCGACCGAGUGGACUGUUUUGUGUUCAGCAGAUUCAGGUUUCUGUGUAUUAGUUUGAUGAAUGCAGUGCGGGGAGCGGUUGGGUGCCGCUCAUUACCCAUCCAGAAGUUCCUUCCGUUUGCCAUCGUGGGUGCUCAGGGCCUCCGUUUUUUUUUGUUUUUUUUUUAAGGUGCCUCAUCCCAAACAUGUGUGCCGACUUAAACACAGACCCAGCAUACAUCACACAUCACUGUAAUAGAAAAGAGUUUGUUCUGUUUUGAUGCUCCUGGUCUGUGAACCAGGAUGAAUGACCUCUCUGCCCAUUUUAUGACAUCUCUCCUUUCGUAUUUACUAAAAUGACACCUGAAUGUGUGUUUUUCUGUUUUUAUCCUUAAAUCAUGUGUCCAUUUGUGAUUUCAGAUUUUCUUUGUUUUGAUUAAAAAUGGGUUGAAAAUGAAUGAGCCACAUUUCUGAAGAGCCAGUCUGAAGGGAGGAACUGUCCUGUAACUAUGGGAUGCUACUUAACCCAGCACUUGAGUGGAUGUGGGUGAAAUUUGGAAAGAAGCAACUUCAUGCCCAUUAUAUGCAGGUUUCUGAAAUGUGAUGUCAUCUCCCAUGGCCUGUGGUUACUGGUUGAGUGCAGUCGUACACGUUUUCAUGCAUCUGAACACUUGCAAAGCUAAUUGUGUGAGUUCAGUGUGUUUCAUGACAAACUAAUGUAACGUUUACGGUGAGACGAAUGUGAUGUAGAUGGGGUGCCCUGUGGGUCCCCCUAUGUUCUCUUCCAGGCCAUCAAACAGUUUCUCCUCCAGUCGCCUUGCUUAGUCAUAUUGGCAUUAGAGAAAUGUUGUAACACCUGGUUUUGGAUGCUGUCCUCAGAAAGAAUACAUCAGAUGUGUCAACACAACCUGGAGGCAGCUGAUUUCUGUUGAAAGUGAAAAGUGUACAAUUCAUGCACGUGUGCCAGCAAAUGAUCAGAAACACAAAGCAAUUAAAAAUGAAUAACGGAACAUAUUGUGCUGCCCUUUAUGUUAUGAGAUAAGUUCUGAGCAGGGAACCAGGGAUUUCUAACAAACCAAACCAAAAACAACACACCAGCGCAGGGAUGAAAACGAAACACUGUACUGAAUAUUCAAUGUAUCAUGGUGUGGCUCUGAGCCGUCAGUAUUCUUUUCUUUUCUUUUUACAAAAGCAUGUCGCAUUUUUGAGUCAAGAGAUUAGUUAAGCUGCUGCCAUUCGUUUACCUUUGGGACUUGACAAAGUUCAUCACUUUGACAGCUGUACCGUUCUGUAGAAUGUAUGAAUGUCUCUCCAGGGACACACCAUUGUUAAAUUUAUAUAUACAUGUGUGUGUAUAUAUAUGUAUGUAUAUAUAUAUAUAUAUAUAUAUAGAUAUAGAUAUAUACACACACAUAUGUAUAUCUGUGUAUAUAUGUCUGUCAAAUCAGGUUUAAUUGUGCUGAGUUCUUUUCCUGCUUUAGUAAUGGGUUAUUCUCAGCAUCUGUGCACCAGUUGCACCAGGUUUCCUGUUUUUCUAACGUUAUGCUGAGCUCAAAACCUUUUUUAUAUAUAUUUGUUGUUUUUCUUUUUAAAUAAAUUAAAAAUAAUCAAAAA